GCUAGCACUUGGCCGUUUAAGGUCCCCACACCUCAAACCCCUUUUAUCAGCUUCUUUAUUGUAGAAUUACCAAUUUCUCUUCCAACCCAUCUAUUUAUUCCCCUCACCUGCCCCCUCCAAUCUUUCCUCACACACAUAUUCCAACUUCUCUCUGUGUCUCUGCGUUUGAAAAAGUAACAACUAAAAAAAAAAAAAAAUGUCACUUGUUGCGGUUUUCAUGGUGGGGAUUCUCUCUGCUUGUACCUUCUUAUUUGGUUUUGGGUAUGGUGAUCAGGGUUGGAUUGAUGCUCAUGCCACUUUCUAUGGAGGUGGUGAUGCCUCUGGUACAAUGGGUGGAGCCUGUGGUUAUGGAAACUUAUACAGCCAAGGGUAUGGAACAAACACAGCAGCCUUGAGCACUGCCUUGUUCAACAAUGGAUUAAGCUGUGGAGCCUGUUUCGAAAUUAGGUGUGCAGAUGACCCAAAAUGGUGCCGACCAGGCUCAAUUGUGGUCACAGCCACCAAUUUCUGUCCGCCAAACAAUGCACUCCCAAACAAUGCUGGCGGUUGGUGCAACCCUCCACAACACCAUUUUGAUCUCUCUCAACCUGUCUUCCAACAAAUUGCUCAAUACAGAGCCGGUAUUGUCCCCGUCUCUUACCGCAGGGUCCCCUGCCGAAAGAAGGGAGGCAUCAGAUUCACAUUCAACGGCCAUUCUUAUUUCAAUCUGGUUUUGAUCACCAACGUAGGAGGUGCUGGUGAUGUCCAAUCUGUUUCAAUCAAAGGGUCAAAAACUAAUUGGCAACCUAUGUCCAGGAAUUGGGGUCAAAAUUGGCAAAGCAAUGCUUACCUUAAUGGACAAAGCCUCUCUUUUAAGGUUACCACUAGUGAUGGUCGCACUGUGGUCUCUAACAAUGUUGCUCCUCCUGGCUGGUCCUUUGGCCAAACCUAUAGUGGCCUACAAUUCCCAUAAUAAUAAUAAUAAUAAUAAUAAAAUUAUCACCUUAUAUGAUAGGAUUAAGGAGAAGGAGACUAGAGCAAUAAAGAAAUGACAGAGCCAUUAAUAUGAGAAUUUGGCUUUGUUAUUUUUAGUGUGAUAUAUAGGAGUCGUCAAAACAUAAUGUUAUUAGAAAUGGGGUUCUAUAAAAAAAAAAAUUAGAAAUGGGGUUUAGGGGUAGAGGAAAUGAGAAGGGCUAGUUAUUUGAAAAUGGCCCUAAAUCAUCAUUUAAAUUAGGGGUUUUCUGGGAUAUGCUUUAUUUUGUUUAAGGCAGAGACAGAAAUUGGGCAGCGGUGGGGGAUACAUGAACCACCCGCCAACCCUUAUUUGAUUACUUAUAUGAAUAGGUUUGGGUAAAUUUUUUGGUUUUAUUUUUCUAUUGUUAUUAUUCCUCAUGAUUUACUUUAUGAGGAAAAAGCUUCUUUAUUAUGUAUAAGAGCAAGCUAAGUGUAAUAUUAUCGGUUUGGUUAAUAAAUUUUGUUCUAGCGUUGUUGAACAAA